UCUUUCCCCUGCGGUGAUUCCGCCUUCCCCGCACACCUCCCUGCCCCUUCUGGCUCCUGCUUAAAGACUUCCACAUCUUCCCCCAGCGGUAGGUGGUUUUUAAAGGGUUUGUUAGCAACGACGAUGGGAGAAAUGACGGAGCAAAAGAGACUUUCUGAAGUUAUUACUCAGAUAUUUGAGGAAGCGCCGUCAGCCAGGAGGAAUCUGGCUGAUAACCACAGUAACCUCCACCGCGUCGCAGAUUACUGCGAGAGCAACUUCCUUCAGGCAGAGGAUACAUCGAAGGCUGUUGAGGAGGCGAUGGGUUUGGCUGCUCAGUCUCUGGCCAGUGUGGCGUACCAGAUCAACAGCGUGGGCAGCACCCUGCUGAGGCUGCUGGACUCCCAGGCCAUGCAGAUCAAAGAUUUAGAGUCCUCAGUCAACCUGCUGUCACUGGCUGCAGCCAUCCACUUUGAGUCGGUAGCCAGGAGAGAGAUUGGUGCUUUCACUAGUCCCAAAGACAGAACCCGCGCCAAGCUCAUCACCCCCCCGACUGCAGGCAAGGAGCCGGAGAGAAGCUACUCCAGAGUCCCAAUAUCAUUCUCCAUCUUGGACUCCACUGGACACUGCUUUGAGUACCCCGUGCAGCCCAAGAAAGCAGACUCCACAGAGAGCAUACAGAGCGCUGCAGACUACCCUGUGUCCAGUUAUGGCAUCGCUGUUCCCCCUCCAUUAGUCCCCACCUUGCCAAACGUCUCCAACAGCCUUCCUCCGCCUCCUCCUGCCAAUUUGGACCCCAGUAUGACCUCUCCUCCUCCUCCACCACCACCACCACCUCCCCCUUCCUCCAUGGACACAGGCCUCCCCCCUCCUCCGCCGUCCUUGACCUCACCCACAUGUCUCCCCCCACCUCCACCUCCACCGCCAAUCUCUCCGUCAAACAACGCCUACCCGCCACCGCCUCCUCCUGUAUCGGGAGGUUCCCCUCUUCCACCUCCACCUCCACCUCCACCACCCUAUCAGACUGGCACCUCUGGGUUCGUGCCGCCUCCACCCCCUCCUGUAUCAGGGGGUUCACCUCUUCCUCCUCCACCUCCACCACCACCCUCUCAGACUGGCACCUCUGGGUUUGUGCCACCUCCACCCCCUCCACCCCCUCCUCUCCUACGCUGACAGACAUUAUGUUAUUGGAUGUUUUUAUUCUUCAAGGAGAAACUUCUUCUGUAACUCUCAGGCGUUCUGGGUUGUGUAGAUCUUGCGCAACAUGGGAAAUGUCGGGCAUUGGUGUGAAAUCAAACAUAAGCAUAAAUAAAAAAAUGUAAAGAGCUUCUAUUAUGCUUUUGGGGUUUCCCUUUUGUGGUGCGUUUCUGUGCAUGUAAAUGGUCAGCGAAGGCUUAAAUCCCAAAGUUCCCUCCAUUGGACUCCUUUGUUUACUUCUGUAAAAGCGACAUUACUACGCAACGUAUUGGCUGGCCCUCCAACACAUUGUACGUGAUACGCUAAGGGGCGGGACAUUUCUAAGCGGUUGACCAAUCACAACUGAGUCGGCCAGAUAACCAAUCAGAGCAGACUAGGCUCUGCUUUCAGACAGAGGGUGGAAAGAGGUGCUACAGCACAGGCAGUAAGAGAACAAUAAAGAGCUUUUUGAACAUUAAAGCAUGGAGACAUGUCCCAGAACACAAAUACUUAACCGGAAAAAUAGCACAAUAGGGCCCCUUUAAAGUGUGUGUAGUGGUUUGACAUUGAGCCUCAAAUUAUUAUUUUUCAGGGACUCCUUCAAAGUGAAACAUUCUGCUGCAGUGCAGAUUCCUCCGACAUGUUUCAACAAAACCGUGACUGCAUUCCUAAGACAAGCUGAAACAGGGGCUUUUGCGUUUCCCUGUAAUGUGCUCUUCCCAUUCAUUGUUACGUCAUUGUGUUAUUUAUCACAUUGAUUACUAAUAAGUUGUUAACGUCUCUGCCCGGUGAGUUCUGCUACUUUAACCAGGUCAACGAGGCUAUGAAAAUGUCUGUUGCAAGUCAACGCGCUACUUAACCUGCACUGCCUGGCGUGAAGAAAACUAUAAAACUGCCAUGUACCUUUUUCAUCUCAUAAUUCAGAUCACCUUGAUGUGCGCUGGUAUCCUAUUUUGGGGUUUUUGUUGCCAUUACAUAAAGAAGAGCAGACAAGCAGAAAGCUGGCCCUCGAGGCCGGCUGACUCUCCACCGUCUACGUCACGUACAUAUAUGAAGAGGAGCAGGUGGGAGAGGAAGACGAAGAAAGGACUCCUAACAGAGACCCUCCCAUGAACUGCUCAGGAAGUGUCAGUCUUCCUCCCCCAUACAGGUUUGAUCCACCAUUGUAUCCAGACCCCCCUCGAUCAUACUCAUUUCUUUCACCUCACUCAGAGUGAUCCUGAUCCACUUCUUCAUACACUUCAAACAUACUCUAGUCUGGACAAACUGUGCUUUUUCAAAAUGUAUUUUAGCACAGGCCAAUGGAAUCAAAUCAGGGUCACAGAGUUUGAAAUUGUGAAAUUAUGUUCAGAAACUAUUUCCAAACAUGUGUUGUAAAUACGAUUUUGCAAGACCUGUCUGUGUUGGAAGAUUGUAAAAAGAAAAAACAUAUAUGAAUGAUGAAUUUCAGCCCUGAAGUUGCUGUUUCAAAUUAUAAAUGGACUUUAUGCGUUGACCCAAAGCCUGGGUUUUAACUCGCAGUUGAUAUUUCUUUAUUAUGUCUCCUCUUGAACUUCUUACGCAGAGUUUUGGCUUCACAAACUGUGAAACAAAAUGUCCCAAUAUCUUUUUGACCCUCAUUUGAGCUUGGUUCAUUUGGGACAUAAGUGUACAUGACUGAUCUACCUGUAAGCAAUCCACUGUGUGGACAAGGUGUGACUGUAUUUGAUACUGAUAAGUACUAAAGUUUCAAAGAUAACCGUGCUAAAACACAGACAUAUGUACAAUAUGCUUAGCCAAAACAGGUUAAAUGUUGAGCAAUAAUAAUAAUACUGUGGUUACUUUUUUACAUGUUAUUUACAAAAAUGUAAUUCAUGUUUGUGAAUACAAUGAAUUUAAGUUUAGUCAUGUUUGAAAUGUACCCACCAAAAGUAGAAAGAUCAGUGACAGGUCACAAAGCCAUACUUAUUUUGGGGUUGGGGAGUGCUCUGAUCAUUGAUCCCUGAGGAACGCCGUCGUUGUCGCUCGGCCUCAGUAAAUAGAGAGUUAACAUGCAGGAAAUGUGUAAGACAUAAAGCACACCUAAGUCCUGUGUCUUUAAAAAAGACAAUAAGGCUGUAAAAGCUCAUCGGGUCAUGCACUUCCCUAAGUGACACAUUAUCUUUGAUACAGCCCUGAGGGCAGGACACUUUGUUUGUUUUGGAUUCUUAAAAAAGAGCAAUGUCAGCAGGUUGACAUAACUCGAGCCAUGACUCAAGUAGGGAACGUCCUUCCAUAUUUAUUCCCAGGCUUGGUGGUGUCCAUCGCUGUGGUUCUCCUCUGCUUCUAUAUGCACGGCAAAAAGAAAAGAGCAGCGUAUGACGUCACUGUACCAACGUCACAAGAGGACAACCGGCUCUAUACGAUUCCUUUGUCUGAGGAGCAGGCAGAAGAAGAAACACAUUAUGACAGAUUCCCUCCUCGGUACAGCACUGUGGACCUCCCACCACCAUACUCACUGUUUGAUCCCAAGGUUGCCAGCAUUUGGUCCGAUGACCCUCCACCUGUGUACGAGAUGUAUCCGAUAACGCUGUCUCCUCAUCACUGGAUGACACCUGCGGGACACCUGCAUCCAUAACAACCAUCGAGCACCAUCACCCCCGCCCCCCGCAGCCACAGAGAAAACACCAGCCUCCACCAGCUUUACAUUUUAACUUACCAAACGUUGACUCACCUUACGUUGUUUCUGUGUAUUCUGAAAAAUAGUAUUAAAUGCUUUGAUUUGAACAUUUGUAUGAACUGUAGACGGUGAAGCAAUCCUCUCAACACAUCCAUUUAAUACACUUUUAUAUGAACAUCAAACAGUGUAGCCGUCCCACUGCAUCUACACACCAGCAGAAUCAUGAAAGCACCAAGUGGUUCUCUAUGUUAUACUAUAUACUCUUUAUUACAAUACAGUACUUACAAGUUUGAGGGGAAAUAAAAUAAAUAUUCAAUGCGUCGCCAGUAUUAUUCGUCUCUAUUUUCUAAGAAGGAACAUGUACAGUGAGUGAUUCCUUGGCUUUUGAACAACGUUAAGGCAAAAGUAAGUAUGAAUUUGAAGCCACUGAUAAAUAUUUUACUGUAUGUACAUCAAAGAUAACAGAAAAAACAUAGUGUUAAGUAACAUGUUUGCCUUCAUUAUACAAUCAGUGCACACUGUAGGCUACUUUUACUUUAUCUUCAUUUUUUGUUGUUCUUAGUGCUACAAAUAAAACUCCAACAGAAUCUAUUUGCUGGGUCGUCUUGCUGUCGAAUAAACCUGACGCUUUACCAGCAUAGGACAACAAAAGUGUAAUGUAAUCAACAUUUGAAACAAAAAAAGGUUGCAAUAUCAACACAACUUGUGUUUAUGUGUACAUCAGUGUCUGUGUUCAUCGGUCUGUAGGUACAUGUAUUGUACACAUAUGUUAUAGUUUGACUCUAUUGCUGUUCAUUUUUCAAAUUAGUGGAGACAAACGAUAUAAAGCACAUUUCUGAACACAUACAAUCAUACUGUAUGAUCAAAUGGUCUAUAAUAAAUAUGACAUUUGGUAUGUUUCCGUCACCAAUCUGUCCUACCAACCCAAUGUAAACAGUACACUACAUAAAGUAGGAAAGGCU